CCUUUCACCCUUGCUGGACACCCGCACCACGGGGUGAAAGAUUAUUUCCAGUUGGUUGGCUUCCAGGUAGAGCAUGCUUGGACAGCAACUUGAUUUCAAACCAGCCCAUUGCAGAGAAGCCCACACGAAACAUUGACCUUGGCCACCUCGGCCGAGGCAGUUUGGCCAAAGUGAUGAGGUUGCCGGUCCAGUCAUGCCCACUGUGGAUGACAUUCUGGAGCAGGUUGGGGAGUUCGGCUGGUUCCAGAAGCAAGUCUUCCUGACCCUAUGCCUGCUGUCAGCUGCCUUUGCCCCCGUCUACGUGGGCAUCGUCUUCCUGGCCUUCACCCCGGAUCACCGCUGCCUGAGCCCCGGGGUGGCCGAGCUGAGCCGGAGAUGCGGCUGGAGCCUGGCAGAGGAGCUGAACUACACAGCGCCGGGCCCAGGGGCCGCGGGCGAGGCGUCCCCUCACCAGUGCCGCCGCUACGAGGUGGACUGGAACCAGAGCGCCCUCAGCUGCGCGGACCCCCUGGCCGGCCUGGCGGCCAACAGGAGCCACCUGCCGCUGGGCCCCUGUCGGCACGGCUGGGUGUACGAAACGCCCGGCUCGUCCAUCGUGACCGAGUUCAACCUGGUGUGUGAUGACUCUUGGAAGGUGGACCUCUUUCAGUCCUGCGUGAACGUGGGCUUCUUCCUGGGCUCUCUGGGUGUCGGCUACAUUGCAGACAGGUUUGGCCGCAAGUUAUGUCUCCUGGCCACCACCCUCACCAGCGCCGUCUUGGGCGUCCUCACGGCCGUGGCGCCAGACUACACGUCCCUGCUGCUGUUCCGCCUGCUACAGGGGCUGGUCAGCAAGGGCAGCUGGACGUCCGGUUACAUCCUGAUCACAGAAUUCAUGGGCUUGGGCCACAGGCGAACCGUGGCGAUCCUCUACCAGGCGGCCUUCACGGUGGGGCUCGUGCUGCUCUCGGGAGUGGCCUACGCCAUCCCUCACUGGCGGUGGCUGCAGCUGGCCAUCUCUCUGCCCAUCUUCCUCUUCCUGUUCUACUACUGGUGUGUGCCCGAGUCUCCCCGCUGGCUGCUGUCGCAGAAGAGAAACGCUCAAGUGAUGAAGAUAAUGGGCCACAUCGCCCGCAAGAAUGGGAAGCUGCCACAUGUUGAUCUGAAGAUGCUCUCGCUCGAAGAGGACGUCACCGAGAAGCUGAGCCCCUCCUUUGCAGACCUGUUCCGCACGCCACAGCUGAGGAAACACACCUUUGUUCUGAUGUACCUGUGGUUCACCAGCUCUGUGCUCUACCAGGGCCUCAUCAUGCACGUGGGCGCCACGGGUGCGAACCUCUACCUGGAUUUCUUGUACUCGGCUCUGGUUGAAUUCCCGGCGGCCUUCAUCAUCCUCGUCACCGUUGACCGCUGCGGCCUCAUCCGCCCGUUGGCCCUGUCAAACCUGGUGGCGGGGGCAGCCUGCUUGGCCAUGGUUUUUAUCUCACACGAUAUGCACUGGCUAAACAUCACAGUAGCUUGCGUCGGCCGAAUGGGAAUCACCAUCGUGUUCCAAAUCGUGUGCCUGGUGAACGCCGAGCUGUAUCCCACGUUCAUCAGGAACCUUGGAGUGAUGGUGUGCUCCUCCCUGUGUGAUCUGGGCGGGAUCAUCACCCCCUUCCUGGUCUUCAGGCUGAUGGAGGUUUGGCGAGGCUCGCCCCUCAUUUUGUUUGCGAUAUUGGGCCUGGUUGCCGGGGGGGUGACGCUGCUUCUUCCUGAGACCAAAGGGGUCACUUUGCCAGAGACCAUCGAGGAUGCAGAGAACCUUGGGAGGAUAGCAAAGCCCAAAGAAAACACGAUUUACCUUCAGAUCCAAACAACAGAACGUGCGGGCACGUGAGAGAGAUGCUUCGCUGAGAUCGAAGAUGGGGUUUGCACCUGAAGAAACGCUUAGAAACCCUUACUUUUCUGUGCUCUUCCUCACUUACCUGCCCCUAAACCAAUAUUCUGAACAAUACCAAAUGUACCUCGUUUUACUUUAUUUUCUUUCUUUUAAAAAAUCUCCCAAAGCCCUGGCCUCUUUUAUCUACUUUCCUAGCAGGAGCUGUUGGUGGCUACCAGUUACUUAAUUAUCUAAAGUAUUUCGAAGAUCCAAUCGAGUUUAAAUAUGGCUAUAAAAGAGGUCUCUGUAACUGGUUUCCUAGAAUCUGUGUUGUUUCAUUCCCUCCGAGAGAAAAUGUCUUUGUAUUGGGAGUAUUUAUCUUGGCAAAAAUAUUUCAAGGUGUAGCUUUCUUGAAGGGCACUUGGUUUUCAAACAUGGCGACUCUCCCGGCAGACCACACCCCAAUCACGUUUACAUACGACUCAUGGAAUAAAGCAUGAUCCUCAUCCGCA